CACAUUUCUCUCUCUCUGCUAAGUUGUCUACAACAAAAACGCAGCACAGAAAUGCCGUUCAGUGCCGACGCAAUGAAACCUCCGCUGCAUGACCAGAUAGCAGAAAUGCAGCGUAAAAUCCAGCUCCUGGAGGGCGACAGAACUGCAUACUAUGAGAGCUCUCAGUCCACCAUCAAGAAGAACAGAGAGUCCAUCCGCCAGCUGAGGCAGGACAACAAGAGGCUGUGCAGGAAAAUGGCAGAAGCUAAUGCUGGUGAUGAAAAUAUCAUCAAGAUGGCCUUUCAUAACAGAGGCACGGAGAAGGAUGCAUACCGCAACAUGUCAGGGAAGGCAGCCCUGACAACACUAGACCAGAGGGUGCUGUCCAAGAUGAAGCGUCUCAACGCCCUUAAAUACACCACCCAGACACACCAGCGCCGCCUCGAACAGCUGAAGGUGGAAUACCAGAGGAUGAAGCCGGAGGGCAGCAGUGGAGCACAGUCUGCUGAUGCUCGUGCUCGGAAAAAAGAGGAAGAUGCCAUGAACUUGCGGGCCCUGGAGAACAGUCUGGAGAAGACCCAGUUUAAGUGCAAGGAGGCUGAGAAUAUCAUGACGAACUAUCUGAAACUUAAAAGUCACCUGCAGGAGGAGAGUCUGACUUUCCAGGGCCAGUUGGACAGUCUGGAGGCAGAAAUCCUGAAGCACAGAGAGGAGCUCCACAACAUGCAGGUCAUGAACAACAACGCCCAGCUCUCUAAAGAAGCUGCUAAGGCUGACUUGCAGCAGCAGGAGGAAUUGCUCUACAAGGAGCGCAAGGAGAGAGAACGCAUUAUAGCAAGCUACAGGAAAAAGGUUGAGGAACGUAAGGCCCAGGCUGAAAAAGUUGAUAGAAGGGCUCAGAGAACAACGAUGCAGCCAGAUGAGCUGAGCAGCGAGGCCCAGCGCAGCACCCCCAGGAUGGCAGGUGAAGAGGAGAAGGUCAUCUCCACUUUUGAGGAAGCCUUCCGACGCAUCAAAGAGGCCACCGGAGUCACAGAUAUACAGGAGAUAGUGGAUCGCUUCACCUCACAGAAGGAGACGCACCAACACCUGGAGAAGCUGAGGGGGGAGAAUGAGGAGGUGCUGCAGCAGCUGAAGGAGCAGAAAGAGCUCCUGAACCAACAGUUCCAGGAUAUGAAAUACUCCGGAGAGGCUAAACUCUCCAGUGACCAACAGAUGCUGCAGGAAUGUGAGCAGCAGCUGCAGGCUCAGCAGCAGAGGUGUGACGCAGGGAAAGAGCGGCUGGAGUGGCUUGUUAAAGCUCUGAGUACUGUCCGGGCCGGAGUGGAGCAUCUCUCAGACAAACUCCAACACAUCACUCUGAGUGAUGACCCGGGGGCUAAAGUGUCUCCAGACUCAGAGGAGUUUGUGGUGGAGCUGAUGACCCAGUGUGAGCUGAAGUUGCAGUUGCUGCAUGAGGAGCUCCAGGGAAAAGAUGUGGCUGCUCUGAUGAAGGAGAUGGAGGAAGAAGAGUUCUUUGUCAGGAUUGAGGGCAAACUGCCAGAUUACAACACCCGUGUCAAGCUGCCCGAAGACCAAAGACUGGACCUUUUCAAUGACGAGGACGAGAGCGAAGAAGACGAGGCUGAUAUCAUCUCUCGUGAUGCUCUGAAGCGUCAGUCUCAGCUCAUCAUUGACUCCAAGUCCAAGAAGAAACCCUGGAAGAAGAAGAAGGGGAAGUUCUGAACCAUCACUGCAGUCUCACUGAAGACUGAAGAACAAUAAAGGACCAUUCCAGAUUUACAAAUGCUAGUUUAACCGUUCAUUGUUUCACCUCUAUGAAUACAGGUACAUCUAAAAAAAUUAGAAUAUC